AUGUGUCUGUGCCACAAGCUACAUGUGCCUGUAUGUCUGUGUCAUAAGCUACAAGUGUCUGUGUCACAAGCUACAUGUGUCUGUGUCACAAGCUACAUGCGACUGUAUGUGCCUAUGUCACAAGCUGCGUGUGACUGUAUGUGCCUGUGUCACAAGCUACAUGUGCCUGUAUGUGCCUGUGUCACAAGCUACAUGUGUCUAUGUCACAAUCUACAUGCGACUGUAUGUGCCUGUGUCACAAGCUACAUGUGCCUGUAUGUGCCUGUGUCACAAGCUACAUGUGCCUGUGUCACAAUCUACAUGUGUCUGUCACAAGCUACAUGUGUCUGUGUCACAAGCUACAUGUGCCUGUAUGUGCCUACAUGUGUCUGUGUCACAAGCUACAUGUGCCUGUAUGUGCCUGUGUCACAAGCUACAUGUGUCUAUGUCACAAUCUACAUGCGACUGUAUGUGCCUGUGUCACAAGCUACAUGUGCCUGUAUGUGCCUGUAUCACAAGCUACAUGUGCCUGUGUCACAAGCUAGAUGUGUCUGUGUCACAACCAACAUGUGCCUGUGUCACAAGCUACAUGUGCCUGUAUGUGACUGUGACACAAGCUACAUGUGCCUGUAUGUGACUGUGACACAAGCUACAUGUGCCUGUGUCACAAUCAGCCUUCACGCCCUGCAAAAUUAA